AUGGCUGCCGACCGACAACGAUUAAAUGACCAACCACCGGCGGGAGGAGAAGAUGAGUCCAUGACAGACAGCCACGCGCCGACGUCGGGAGUCACAUCAGGUGACAAUCGCGAUGGAGAUGGCGAUGCUUCUGGUGCCAACGGUGGCAAAGCGGGUGACGUUGACACCCCCGACAUGUCACGGUUCCGGGCGCGGGCAUGUGCAAGAUGUAGUCGGUCGAAAUUGAGGUGUAUACGGCGAGCAGAACCCGGUGCGGAACCGUGUCUAAGGUGUGCCCGUCUUGGAACAACAUGCACGCUUCCAGAGGCCAGGCCCAGGGGCCCGAAAAAGGGCCAAGCUAGACGCGUGGGACAGCUUGAGCAAAAGCUCGAUGGCAUCAUGUCACUGCUCACAGCCAGCCAGCAACUGCUUAACCAGACUAAUACCGCCCCACAAAGUGUUCCGGCGCUGGCAAACUCUGUUGCUUCUCCAAUCUCGGAAGGAGGCCUUGCAGAUGAAUCAUCUAGAGCCAAAGCAUCCACGUCAACUUCCCGCCCACCCCAACAGCAGCAAUCCCUUGGCUUCUUAAAUAAGCACGAUCUCGUUCCAGAUACCCCAGAUAGCACAGGCCACCGAUCGGCUCCCUCGCCAGCGACAAGCAGCAGUGGGACUGCCAGCCAACAUGCCGCGAGCCGGACACUUCCUCGUAUGCCUGAACACAUGACUGACCAGAUCAUUGAGCUCUGGCCGGGAUUUGACCUGACUUGGCGCGAGGCUGCGCGAGUAUUAAAUGUCUAUUCGACCCUCUACGUUCCCAAUUUCCCCUUUGUUCCGCUCCCUCCACGACUAUCGGCGGAAGAGCUUUAUGCUGCUACCCCUUUCCUCUUUCGCACAAUCAUGCUUGUUGCUGCUCCGCAGAGCGCAGCAACCCAGCGAGCAGGCGAAAAGUGGUUCCGGAGAAGCAUUGCAGAGCACGUCGUGGUGCUUGGCGAGAAGCAGUUAGAGCUCUUGCAAGCCCUACUCCUCUUCAUAGCCUGGGGCGAUUCUCGCUUCUACAUGGAGUCCAAAGCGACGCCACUACUACAGAUGGCUGUUGGUAUCGUCGUUGACUUGGGACUGAACAAGGCGCCUCUUGCCAUCAACAACCUCGCACCCUUUUCGCUGCUCAAUGAGGCACUCAGACGUCACCCGCACCUACGCGGCAAGGCUGCCCACAGCAACGAUGACAUGCGCGCCCUGCUCGGAUGCUUCUAUGUCACGUCGCAGGUCACGACGCUUUUUCGGCGCGAGCACCAUUUACCUUAUACGGACUUUGUGGAUAAGUGUCUCAACGAGCUUGCCGGGGCCGACGAGUAUACCACGGAUAGAAUGCUGGUGGCCAUGGUCAAGAUGCAGUGCCUGGUCCGCCGCGCUCAUGCCAUAAUGGCAGGCGCAUCACCUGAGCCUGGCGCGAAUCCCCCUUAUACGAGUGCGGCUGCCAUGGCUCUGACUGCCAUCCGAAGAGAACUUUAUGAACCCACAAGCAGCUACGAUGCCAUGGACGAGCGCAGUAAACACCUCCUCAAGAUGCACUGCCAUGCAUCGCUCAUUGCGAUGCACGAGCCAGUCAUAUUCUCCCGGUCCCCCGCCCCUACCAUGACAACACUGGAAGCAGCUUCGGCAAGCAGUAAUCCUCCCGGUGGCAAGCGGACCGACGCCAUGUGGCACUGCCUCCGCGCCCUCGUUGACUUUAUCAAGCUCUACAUUGCCAUGCCGUACGACCAGGCCGGCACAAUGGCCAUCUUCCCCGCGGCAAACCUAGCUUUCACCUUGGUGACGACGACGCGGCUGCUAUUCAUGGACGAUCCCGAUUGGGACGCAGCCGAGGCGCGCCGGCACUUUGACUUUCCCGGCCUGGCCCAGCGCAUAAUGGAAAAGUACGCCGAAGCCGACGCCUACGAGAUGGGCGGGACCAACGACGUUUCAGGGCCGGGAACAGUGCCGUACAAGAGGCGGUUCAAUGAGGAUGGCAGCUCGCUUAUGGCAUCGUACUUGCAAAAGACCCGGUGGCUGACGCAAUGGUAUCUGGCCAAGACGACACCCGGGAACAAUGGCGCUCUGGAAGGGACGGACAAUAAUGCAGCUCCGGCGACCAGGCCGGGUUAUGAGUCUUUUUUGCCGCCGCCGCAGCGCCAGCAGCAACAGCAACGUCAACAACAGCAGCAACAACAACAACAGCACCGUCAACACAUGCCAGUUCAGCAGGCUCAGCACCCAGCCCAGUUUCCCAUAUCACAACAGCAGCAGCCGGUCUUGGCUGGGGAUCCGAUGGUAGGGUUCGACGCGACGAGUUUUCUGGAGGAUUUCGACGACUCGUUUUGGCAUGCCUUCUUGUCGGUCGACUCACAGUUGGCGUAUCCGCCGAUGGUUGCCGGUAGUAUGGCUAGGCCGAUCUGA